UUACUAUCCAUUAAUACGUGACGUGAUUGUUCCCUUGUAAAUCAAGUGACUGAUGCGUUUGACAACUUAAUGACACAUCUAUCACCCUUACAUCUGGUGAUUGAAAAAUGUUCGCUAAUACAUAUCAAAGCGGUUUUAUUUCGAUAUUUUAUAGCGUAGGAAGCAAUCCUUUAGCAAUAUGGGAUAGGCAGGUUAAAAACGGACAUAUUAGAAGAGUAAUAGAUGAAGAUGUUAAAUCUUUGGUUCUGGAGGUAGCUGGAACUAAUGUAGCAACAACUUAUAUAACUUGUCCCAUAAAACCAAGAGCUUCUCUAGGCAUACGAAUGCCGUUUUUAGUGAUGAUUAUUAAAAACAUGAAAAAAUAUUUCACAUUUGAGAUCCAAAUAUUAGAUGAUAAGGAUAUGCAUAGAAGAUUUAGAGUAUCAAACUUUCAAUCAUCAACAAAAGUACGACCAUUCUGUACAACGAUGCCAAUAGGACUCAGUUCUGGAUGGAAUCAAGUUCAGUUUAAUUUAGCAGACUUCACGAAGAGAGCUUAUGGUUCAACGUACAUGGAGACUGUUAGAGUUCAGAUACAUGCUAAUGUGCGUAUCCGAAGGCUUUAUUUCACUGAUACUCUUUACUCAGACGAAGAGUUACCAAAUGAAUUCAAAUUGUUCGGACCGGUACAAAAGAAGAAAGAGGAAAAGAAGCCUUCGAAAGAGCAAAUCAAGCCACCAGAAGAAGUGCCACCACCUCCGUCGCCCGUAGACGCAACGGGAGCAGAAGAAGGUAUUUUAGAAGAAAUUGUAGAAGUAGAAGCAGAGGAUAAACCUGCAGCUGAAGCCGAAGAAGCUGGUGGAGAAGAAGUAGCUGCGCCAGAAGCAGGCGAAGCGGCCGAAUCACAUCCGGAAGACGCAGUACCAGAAGGUGAAGUAAAACAAGAGGAGGCACCUGAAGAGGGCGCACCAGAAAAAGCUACGGAAGAAACGGGCGAACCGCACGCCGAAGGAGAAGCUCCCGAAGGUGAUAAAGUAUCUGUUCAAGAAGCUGCUGCAGUAGAAGGUGAACCUGCCGCAGAAGCCGAACCGGCCACAGAAGCAGCUGUACCGGAAGCAGGAGCUGAAACUAAACCUGAAGCAGAAGCUGCACCGACAGAAGGAGGCGAAGAAACGCAUGCUGAAACUGAAGCAGUUACCACAGAAGUUGGUGAAACGGCUACAGAAAUAACAGAAGGAACAACAGAAGCAACAACAGAAGCAACCUCAGAACCAGCAACAGAAGCAACAACAGAAGCAACGGAAGUAACAGCAACUACAGAUGAGCCAGCAACGACUGAUGAACCUUCAGUAGCUGCAGAAACUACUGCUAAUGAAUAA